AUGAUGUUCUUCUACCGAACUUCACUUAUUCACCUCAGACUUUUGGAAGAUCUACGUCUCACGGAUAGCGAAGAUGAUGAUGAACCUGGUUCCCUUCCCGCGGAUAAAGCUGAAAAGUCUCAAAACGGUAGUCUUGGUUCGGACACUGAAGAAACGGUAGCUUUCUCACAGGAAAAAACUGGUCCUUUGGAAUCAUUUACCUCUUCUAUAAGCCCUGGAAAUGUACAUCCGGUUUUCAACCCGCUGGGCUUGCCGGCCAAAUCUGUUAUAUCUCGGAUAUUGAACCCACCACCUUCAUUCGUUAGCCCAUUAUCCGUUAUGGGGGAGGCUCCUUCGGAAUAUUCUUGUCAAACACCAUCAGUAUCAGCCGUUCGACUCAGUACUUUGAAGGCGAAUACGAAAGUUAAUGGCGUGAAUUUUGGGGAACAAAAGAAUACUGCCACUCGACCUGUUGCCCCAAAGAUCGUCGGACAGGAAUCAUCUUCCUCCAGGUAG